AACGAAAAAUCAGAAGAAGAAAACGAAAAAUCACAAUCAUUUCCAUUAUUCCAAAAUUUAGGAUUAUUUGGUAAAAAUUUUUUAUCAAAGGUAAAGGGACAAAGUGAAACAGAUAAUCAAUCUGGAAAUCAAAAAGAUAUAUUAACAGAAGGACAAACACAAGCACAAGAAGCACAAGCAGGACAUGCAGUAGGAACACCAGGAGCACAAGCAGAAAGAACAUCAGGAGAACAAGCACAAUCACAAGUAGCAGCACCAGAAAAAGAAGCAGCAGUAAAAACACCAGAACAAGGAAAAAAUAAACAUACAAAAGACCCAACUAAGAAAUUAUAUAGUUUAAGCGAUGUGUUAAAUCAUGUAGUUGAUAUUACAAACAGAAAGAACGAUAUAAAUCUUGAGAAACAUAGUACAAAAUAUCCAAAUUUCAAAAAAAAGUAUGAAGAUUUUGUUUUAAAUUCUAAAGAAUAUGAUAUAAUAAAAAAAUCUACUAAUGAUGUUUGUUAUGCGAAACAAAAUAGUCACUUAAAUGAAAAAAAAAUAGAAAAUGAAGCUGAAUUUAAAAAAUUCUUUGAAAAUUCAUUUAAUUUAUUAAACACAUUGUAA